CCCCUCCAUUUGUACUGCCAUUUUCUUUUUCUUUUUCUUGUCUGGAUAUGUUGUACAAUAUGAUCAUUCCGUAGAAUAAAUAGUAGAAGAUGUUGAAAUUCUCUCUUGGCCCUCGGUUUUGGAAUGCCUGAUAACUUUUUGAACCUGGACGUUUCCGACACGUUUCCAAGCUUAUAUUGGCCGUUUCCGCCGUUUAGAGCCAUAUCAAUGUGUACCCGGUGUCUUGGAGGCUCAGCAUAUGUUCUCAGAUACGCUGGAAACGGGACGGAAACGGCCCGAUACGCGUCCAAUACGUCCAGGCACGUAUCCGUAAAUAAAAUGGAUCGUGGGGGCAAUAAUAAUGACUAUUAACCAUAGCGGGUUAGUGCUCUUUUUCAACACAUUGGAGACGAAACGCAUGUCGUUUGUGUUUGAAAGCUUAAUGGAGAAAGGUUGUGAGCAGCCAUGGAGGGUCCUCGAGUUCUACAGCGGUAUUGGUGGCAUGAGGUAUUCGUUAAUGAAGGCGGGAGUGAAUGCCAACGUUGUCGAAGCAUUCGACAUCAACGACACUGCCAACGAUGUUUAUCAGCACAACUUCGGACAUCGUCCCUAUCAGGGAAACAUUCAGAGCCUUACUGCUGCUGAUCUCGAUAGAUAUAACGCGAAUGUAUGGCUUCUGUCUCCUCCUUGCCAACCUUACACUAGACAAGGUCUCCAAAAGCAAUCUGGUGAUGCUCGGGCAUUUUCAUUUCUCCAGAUUCUUGAGUUGAUACCACACACUUUGCAACCUCCAGUAAUGUUAUUUGUGGAAAAUGUUGUUGGAUUUGAGACAUCUGAUACACAUGCAAAAAUGUUAGAGAUAUUGAGAACAAGUGACUAUGUUACACAGGAGUUCAUAUUGAGUCCCUUGCAGUUUGGUGUACCAUAUUCCAGGCCGCGCUAUUUUUGCCUGGCAAAGAGGAAACCCUCGACCUUUCAGAGUCAACUUUUCGAUAAUCAGCUUCUUCGGUCGCCAAAGCCAUUAUAUACAAAUGCGGAUGACAAAGUGUUCUGUGAACUUGAUGAGCUGGAAGGGAGCUCAGACAAGUUGGUUGAAUCUUGUCAGCCAAUAGAAAGCUUUCUUGAAUUCAAGAAUUGCAGUGAUUGCCCCAACUUUGUGGAUGGCACUACUGUUUCUACAGAUACCAUUAGAGUUUUGGGCAAAGAUGAAGAGAAUGGUUGUUAUACUAGCACAUUGGAUCAGUACACUGUUCCCUCAAGCUUGAUAGAGAGAUGGGGAAGUGCCAUGGAUAUUGUCUACCCGGAUUCAAAGAGAUGUUGUUGUUUUACAAAAAGUUAUUAUCGAUAUGUGAAGGGAACUGGCUCCUUUUUGGCAACUGGGCAGGCAAAGAUAAAGGAUAAAGCAUCUUCACUGAAGGAACAGAGCCUUAGAUACUUCACCCCUAGGGAGGUUGCUAAUUUGCAUUCUCUGCCGGAAAGCUUUCAGUUUCCGCAGCACAUAAGCCUUAGACAACGGUAUGCAUUGCUGGGAAACAGCUUGAGCAUAUCAGUGGUUGCUCCCUUACUCCGAUAUUUAAUCGCUGAAUCAUCAUGAUUAUUCCAAGGCACAAACAUUGUACUCUGGUUACCAUCUACCCAACCUCUAACAUGUAAUAUGAACUACGAUGUGCUUUAAUAUCAGAACGCAUCAAUUGUCAUGGUGCCCCUGGAUUUUGUAGGCUUUUCAUCCUUGUCGAUUCCCAGUUUGUACCAUAAUAUAGAACGACAAUCAUAGCAAUUGUCAUAAUCCUACAUUAGUGAUCAUAACAUAUGCAUUUGAUUGUGUUGUGGAUGGUG